CCUAAAGAGAUAACAAUUCGAACAGUUGCAAUCGGCAACAGCUUUUAUAAUCCUACCAAAACGAACGUAAACGAGGAAUAUGGAUGACCAAAACAUUUUGAAGAAAUCGUUCAUUGUUGGUCUUUGCAAUUUAAUUCUGACUACCAUAGAUGUCAGAGGAUUAGGGUCUUAUUCAGCUAUUCACGACAACGUCGAGUUCAUCUUCUACAACAAUGAUACUGCCAAUUGGGCCGAUGGUCAGGAAAGAUGCAGUCAAGAUGGAGGGCAUCUUGUUACCUUGGAGACCAUUAGAAAGUGGGAGUUCAUUUCCCAAGAAAUUCAAAAUCUUUCUAAUCCAAGAGAUAACGAGUGGUAUAUUGGCUUACAUUUGAAUAAUAAAACUUGGACAUGGAUUAAUGGUAAGCCAAUGAACAAAUCAACUUUGCUCUGGCAGCCGAACGAGCCAUCAGGUGAUGGAACGUGUGUGGUCAUUGCAAAGGAUUAUCCACCACAAACGUAUGGGAAGUAUAAUGACUUGAGCUGCGAAACGAUCAAAGGAUUCAUUUGCGAAGUGAGGUUUCCCACAGGUCCUGACCUAGUUUUGGACGAAAAAUGGCUGAACAUUAGUGGCGUCAAGAUCACUGCCCUGACUUCUAAUCCUCGCUACCCUGACAACGCCACAGAAAGUGGAUAUCUUUCUCUCUUCAAGGAUUAUAAUCCGAAAGACGUUUACCUCAACCAUGGAGCACGAUACCGUUCAUAUUUUCAAGCACAGGAGACUGGAAACUACACCUUUUAUACGUUUUGUGACGACCGCUGCCGCCUGUAUCUAAGUAGCGACGUCAAUCCCAGACAUAAAAAAACGAUUAUUAAUCAAACCCAACAUGUAUCCCACGUAAACGAGAGCAACUGUUGCAGCGAUUUAAAUGAUGUGCAAAUAUCUCCUCCUCAAUAUCUAGAGGAGUCACGACUCCACUACAUAGAACUUUUGUUUAAGCAAGGCAAAGGGAAUUCGAGGAUGUAUGUAGCCAUGAGAACACCUAGUGGCCAGAUGGUAUUGCCAAUUAAAAGCAAACAUUUGGUGAAACAGGUACCCCUGUACGAUAUUCCUGGGGAUGGUUGUAAGACCGAAGGAGAUCCGAGGUAUCCCGAUUACGUACAUUGCAAGGCACUUUCGGAUACGCAAAAGGUGGACCGUGCAAUUUCUUUAUUAAGAGAUUUGAGGUCUCGUGUGAACGACAGAAGUCCUACUGCUGAUUUUUUCCGUUCGGUGAUGAAGACCGCUGGAAAGAGGACAAGUGAUCUGCUAGAAGAUCUAGAUAACAUUGGUGUGAACCAGAACACUUCUGAAUCAAACCUUGGUUUUACAAUCGCCAGAGAGGUUGAACGUCUCGGAGAAAGCAUCGCUUCUCGUGUGAGCAAAGAUACACCAGUGAUAGCUGUUAAUUAUUCAAGUUUAGAUAUGAAAGCGGGUUAUGGAAAUCUGGACGCUUCCUUCAAAAGCUCUACACCUUCGAGUAAUUCUGAAAGCGAAAACAGCAUAACCAUAUCUCUGGGAAAUUCAACACGAGGACAAGAUGGAACGCGAUUCUUUGCUGCAUUUUACAGAUCAUUGGAAACAGUUCUUCAAAUGAAUAUCAGCCACGUAUACAGCAAUGAAUCCAGCCAGCAAGUGCCCCACUUUUUGAACAGCAAAAUCAUAUCAGGAUUGAUAAUCCCUGAUUCAAACAAGUCUUUCAAUGGCCAAGUUACCAUUCGAUUGGAGCACACACAGUUCAAAAGCUCGGAGCAUAUGUCUAUGGAGUGUGCUUUUUGGAGAUUUCCAAAGGGAAACUCAAGCAACUCAUCGGGCUACUGGUCGAUUGAUGGAUGUAACAAGGACGAGGGGCUUUCAGACGCUGAGGCCACAGUGUGUCGUUGUAACCACCUUACUCACUUUGGCAUACUUAUGAGAGUCUCUGAUGAUACACAGGUAACCCAGCCAGGUCAGCCUCACGUUCAAGCCUUGCAACUUAUCACAUAUAUUGGUUGUGGCUUAUCACUUUUAGGAGAAAUUCUCACAGUUGUUGCGAUCAUAUGUCUCAAGCUGACUAAAUCCGAAACAAGUAUAAUUCAUCUGAACCUCGUCGUGGCGCUGGCAGUUUCCCAGAUCACUUUCCUGACAGGAAUCGAGGCCACACAGAACAAGGCAGCUUGCAAGAUCGUGGCCGUCCUUCUUCACUAUUUUAACAUUGUCUCGUUCUGCUGGAUGUUGGUCGAGGGGGUUUGGCUCUACCUGAUGAUAGUAAGAGUGUUUGAGACGGGACACAGCAGAAUAAAGAAAUACUGCGCUUGUGCAUGGGGAUUUCCAUUUGUAUUUGUUGUGAUCACAUUAUCUGCAAGUUUUGACGGAUAUGGCACAGAAACAAGUUGCUGGUUAUCUGUUCAGAAAGGAACCAUUUGGAGUUUCGUCGUACCCGUUAUCCUCAUUGCUUUGGCAAAUUCGAUCAUACUUGGGAUGGUUGUUAAGGAGAUUCUCAGGUUGAAUCAUCCAACAACAGAAAAUAGUACAAAAUAUCAGUCUGCAAGGUCAGGUGUUCAGUCGGCCAUUGUACUCCUACCUUUGUUGGGGAUUACAUGGUUAUUUGGAGUAUUGACAUUCAACAGCGAUACUUUGGCAUUUCAGUAUCUAUUCGCCAUUUUUAACUCGAUACAGGGAUUUUUCAUCUUCUUGUUUCACUGUCUUCUCAACUCUGAGGUGAGAAGAGCCUUUCACAGGAAAAAGAAGGUAUGGUCCGAGUCGCAUGACGCGUUCCAAACACAUUCACUGACUCCACAAAACUACAAUGACAUCUCCAAGGAGACCCUCUCCACUGGAAACGACGUCAGGCGACCCGGGUCAGCGAUCUCUGCUACGUCCGAUUUGUCUAACAAACCAUGACAGGUUGAGUGUCUAAGUUGCAGACUAUCGUUGCUGGAUGACUGGCUUGUAAAGUAGUUCAAACUAUAUAAUUCUUAGGAUUUGAUUGGAAAUUUCCCCCUCCAGCGGCUAUACAUUGUUUUUUUAAAUCAGUUCAAGGAAUUUUGCUUUAGAUCAAGGUAAAACUGGCCAAUUUCUUCGUCUUAAUGCUCCUUAUAUCAUUUCCAGUUUUUCGAGAGGUCAUGUGUGCUUACGAGCUUAUCCCGUCUACAAGUGUCACAAACACAAUCAUGGAUCAUUAAUCAGGCAAAAACAGUUUAUCAUAUACGCACUUACACAUAUCAUGAUAAUAAUGAAACUCUCACCCCUGAUUUACUAUCGAUAUGAAUGUUGUGCGGUAGCCACACCACCUCGACCGAAGUAAUCAAAUUGACAGAGAUAAAUGUUAAAUUUGCUGACAUAGUUAUUGUUUGUAUAUUUACACAGCUGCGUGUAUUUCUACCAAUAAAUCAUUUAAGUGUUUGAAUUAUUUGUCAAAGGAAUUGAGCUCACCCCUUAAUGUGUAAUAAAUAAGGCAACAAAGGUAUAGCUAGCCAUAUUGAGAAAUAAAUAGAUCAGCAUCAUUAAAUAAGUAGUUUAGCUCUCAUUCGCGUCGAGACACCAAUUGUGAACUUUACUACUUUGAGUUAAAAGGUAAUAAUUAGGUGACAUAGCAGCGUAACAUGUGGUCACAUUAGUCACAUGGUUUCGAUGAUUCUAUCCGCAGAUCUUUCUGAAUAGUUUAAGACUUCAGUCGCGUUUUUCACUUGUUUAUCGAACUUGUGCUCUAUUCCAACGUAGCUGGUACGCUGGGAGACUAAAACUGUCUUACUUUGCUGGUUGCGUAUUCUACUGGUUUAGCAAAUUGUCCUUUUUCUUCUACAGUGAAAAAGGCAUUUCAUAUUUUUUUGGUCUUCUGUAAGAUCACAAUCUUUCAAGAUAACCUGGGUUUUUAUAAGACAUUAUCGCAGAAGAUUUAAAUAAAACGAUCAAACUUAAUCCUCUAUUCUCUUCAUCGUACCAAUAAUCAUUUAAUAACGUAUAUUUAUCUGUAGUUUAUGUAUAGUUAACGUUUAUCAUUGUUUUAUAUAUUAUCAAAUAUUUCCCAUCUUAAUCUUAUCUUAAGAUCUUUGCCCAGGAUCAUGCUCGUGCGCAAUCCUGGGGUGUAUUACUCAUUAAUAUUGAAUAAAUAUUAUUUACAA